UAUACGUAUGCAGUACCAAAGCUUGGUGUAGAUGUAGUAUAUUUUGAAUGAUUAUUUUCUAAUAUAAACUUGCAUAAUUUUGAGCGUUUAAGGUACAAUGGGACGAAGGAAGAGUAAACGGAAGCCUCCAAGUAAAAAGAAAGCUAUUCAACCUUUAGAUACUCAAUUUAAUUGUCCAUUUUGUAAUCACGAAAAGUCGUGUGAGGUUAAGAUGGACAAACCAAGAAAUACAGCAAGGAUUACUUGUAGAGUCUGCUUAGAAGAUUUCCAAACUACAAUAAACUUACUUUCUGAACCAUUAGAUGUUUAUAAUGAUUGGAUUGAUGCAUGUGAGAAUGCAAAUUGAACAUUUAUUACUAUUAUAUAUCACAUUUACAAGAC